ACAUGGUUAUGUGGACGUACGCGUGUGUGACACAGAGACGUACAGCAGGGCACUUGGCUAUGAACUUUACCCCUCGACGUUCUCAGAGUGUCUCAAGACCAUAUAUUCCGAUCAAGCCCAGCGGAGCCACAAUCCACUGUUCACUCGCAGGCAGAAGGUCGAUCCAGAUCCAAAGCUGCAUCCAUCAUGAAGCUCUUUGUGGUCGUGGUCCUCGCAGUCUUUGCUGCAGGUUGCAAUGCCGAAAUCAGGAUGGAGCCCCAGCAGCAGCUGGACAUGGCGAAGGAUUUAUUCUGGGACUAUGUUGCCAAGAUGACCCGCACCGCAGAAGACUCUGUGGAGCAGCUCAAACAGUCUCAGCUGGGACAUGAGUUCAACAAACUCAUCUCUGAGAGCACCGACGUCGUGAACAAGCUCACCGUGACCCUCCAGUCCCAGGUGGCGCCGAUGAGCCAGGAGCUCCUCGCCAAGGUGUCCCGGGAGGCGGAGCAGCUGAAGGGCCGCGUGGAGAGCGACCUGAGCCUCCUGAGCGCCCACCUCCAGCCCUACGCCGACGAGCUGAAGGAAGACCUGGAGAGGCAGAUGUCCGAGGUGACCGAGAUGACCAAGGGGGUGAUGCCGUACGCCCGGGCCAUGGACGCCGACGCCCUGAGGUCCGACGUGCAGAAGAAGAGCCAGGAGCUGAAGGAGCGGCUGGACCAGAGCAUCCUGCGCAUCCAGCAGCAGAUGGGGCCCCUGACCGACGAGCUGAGGCAGAAGAUGGACCAGAGCAUGCUGGAGUUCCAGAGGAACAUGGAGCCCAUCACCCAGGACUUCCAGAGGCGGCUGGCCCAGAGGACGGAGGAGAUCCAGAGGAGCCUGACGCCCUACGGGGAGGACCUGAAGAAGACCAUGGAGGUCAACUCCCAGAAACUCCAGGAGCAGCUGGACCUCCUGUGGGAGACCGUCAGCGAGAUGACCAAGUGAACCGGACCGACGCAGCCUCUCAGAUUCCCCCCCGUGGGUCAGAGGAGAGUUUUGCAGCGUUUGUUGAUUCCGUCCUGUUUGUCUGAUGGCGUUGGGGACUAGGUCAUAGCCCUGGGCCGCAGAAGAAGUGCAAUAUAUGAAGGGUUUUGAUUCGGCGGUAUCAUAGUUCAACGCUUUGGACGGUUAAUAUCGAACAGCAUUUGAACCAAGUCAAGUGUGUGUCUGUCAAACGACAAUAAACCAUUGACGUGUAUCUUC